AUGGAAACGUCGGCACCCUCUGACUCCGAAAAGCCGUAUGUAUCAGACCGGGAGGAAGGAAAGAAGUCUCGGCUUGACCCCGACAAUAAUAUCGAGCCAGGCCCCGUAUCUGAUAAAAGAGAUCGCUCGGGUUCGCCGACUGCGCCGGGCCCGGGGCAGAGGGUCCCUCAAACCUUACACGGCCCGAUCCCCGAUGGCGGAACCGCAGCCUGGCUGCAGGUACUGGGCUCAUGGGUCGUAUUGGUUGCGACCUGGGGUUUGGUGAAUACAUUCGGCGUGUACCAAACUUACUACGAGACGACGCUUCUUACGUCCUCGUCCUCAUCCUCGAUAUCAUGGAUCGGCUCACUUCAAGCCUCGCUGAUGAUGCUCAUUGGCGUCGUAACGGGGCCUCUCUACGAUGCAGGACACUUCCGCCACCUGCUCAUUAGCGGGCUCUUCCUCAUCGUCUUUGGGCAGUUCAUGACCUCACUGGGGACCGAGUACUGGCAAUUUCUGCUGGCCCAAGGCGUAUGCAUUGGUAUGGGGAUGGGGCUCGCGUUCCUCCCCUCGACUGCGAUACUGUCGCAGUAUUUCACCACGAAACGGGCCUUCGUCAUUGGUAUUGCCAGCUCAGGGAGUCCGUUGGCUGGGAUUGUGUUCCCCAUCAUAUUCAGUCGGCUCGUCUCGGAGAUAGGUUUUGGUUGGGCGACGCGUGUCAUUGCCUUCAUCUUGCUGGGACUGAGCGUGAUCCCAGUUGUGUUCAUGAAGACUCGAGUGCCCCCAUCUGGCCGGAAGAGGGCCCUCAUUGAUGCAGAUGCGCUGAAGAACCCGGCAUUCGCCCUGUUUGUGCUGGCGAGCACAUUCAUGUUUCUUUGCCUGUACACAGCCUUCUUCUACAUCCAGUUGUUCUGCGAGAUGCACCAUCUGUCGAGCCUGGACUUUUCCCCCUACUUAGUCACUCUGCUCAACGUGGGCAGUGUGUUCGGCCGGAUCGUGCCGAAUUACCUGGCCGAUAAGUUAGGGAGUGUGAACGUGGUUAUUGCGUGUGCUGCUGUGUCGGCCAUCCUGGUGUACGGCUGGCUCGGCAUCCAUGACCUGGCUGGCCUGGUUGUCUUUGCGUUGCUGUACGGUGUGUUCUCAGGGGGCAUCGUGUCGGUGAUGCCUUCGGCGAUCCUGACCAUGUCGCCUGAUAUUUCCCGGAUGGGAACGUAUUUGGGGAUGACGUUUACCUUGACCGGAAUCUCCAUUUUGGUGGGUACACCGAUCGCUGGAGCGAUCCUGGGCGGAUACAGUGAAAAACAGCAGACGCAGAUAUGUGCCAAUGCAAGUGCUGACUCAACCUAUCGUAUCACACACAGCCGGAGGAGGCGGAAGCGCCCUGGAGUUGAGCGGCUGCGUCCGUUACCGUCUGACGGCAUGCAGAGGAAGUCUAGUGGGUAG